AUGGCGAAGAAAAGAAGGUGCGCCGUGUUGCCCACCAACAUCAUAUUGCUCCAGAACGUGGUGAGGCGGGAUCCCGAGCUGUACCGGGAGGAGUUCCUCCAGCAGUACGCCCACUACGAGUCCCUCCGCGACAUCUUUUUGAUGAACCCGCUGGCGGAAGACAAGGACGACCAGUUCGCCGACUUGAUCGGGUUUGUCGGCGCUGUGUGCCUGUGCUACCCGAAGGAGACGGCCAACUUCCCCAACGAGCUUAAGGAGAUCCUCACCACCAACCACCGUGACUUGCUGCCCGACCUCCGCGAGAAGAUUAUCCAGACGUUGACGAUGUUGCGCAACAAGGACGUGAUCCUGCUGGAGAUGUUGAUCCAGACGUUAUUCCCGCUUUUGACGAUCUACCUGAGAGGGGGGUUCGCCGCGGGGCAAAACGUCAAGGCGUUAAGAAAGCAGAUUUAUCUGACGUUGGUGGCGCUCUUGAAAAACGUCAACACCCCGGCGAAGAACCAGAAGUUGAACCGCCAGACACAGGCGUUGCUCUUCAAUUUGCUCGAGCAACGCGACCCGCAGGGGCUCUGGGCGACCAAGUUGACGAGAGAGUUGUGGCGGCGAGGCAUCUGGGACGACUCGCGCACGGUGGAGAUCAUGACCCAGGCGGCGCUCCACCCCGAUACCAAGGUGGCGAUUUCCGGGGUCAAGUUCUUUUUGGGGGCCGACAAAGAGCGCCAGGACAUGUUUGACGACCAGCUGAGUGACGAAGACGGCUUCGACAUGAACGCGCUCAAACACAAGAUGAACGUCAACAAGAAGCUGGGGAAGCGGGCGAAGAAGCUCGAGAUGGCGGUGAAGCUGGUGAAGAAGAAGAACGGCGCCAAGCACCUGGCGACGUACCUCAACUUCUCCGCCAUCCACUUGCUCCGCGACCCGCAAGGGUUCGCCGACGACUUGUUCGUCACCCAUCUCAGCGCCAAAAACGCCAACAAGUUCGACUUGGACCAGAAGAUCAUGAUCAUGAACCUCGUGCUGAGGCUUGUCGGCACCCACAAAUUGACGGUGUUGGGGCUUUACACGUUUUUCCUCAAGUACUUGACCCCGAAGCAGCGCAACGUCACCCAGGUGAUGGCGGCGGCGGCCCAGGCGUCGCACGAUCUUGUGCCUCCGGAAACGAUUGCGGUGGUGGUGAGAAAGAUCGCCGACGAGUUCGUGCUGGACGGCGUCGCCGCCGAGGUGGCGCUGGCGGGGCUUAACACCAUCCGCGAGAUCCUUAGCCGGGCGCCGUUGGCGAUCGACCUGACGUUGCUCCAGGACCUUGUCGAGUACAAGGGGCUGAAGCUGAAACCGGUGAUGAUGGCGGCGCGGUCGUUGGUGACGUUGUACCGCGAGGUGGCCCCCGAGAUGUUGCACCGCAAGGACCGCGGGAAGACGGCGUCGAUGGAGCUCCAGGCGGGCGAGAAGAAAGGGUUGCCUCAGUUUGGUGUCGAGUCGACGACUCUGGGCAUUCCCGGGCUCGAAUUGUUGGCCAAAUGGCGUGAAGAACAAGGGCUCCCCGGCGACGACGAAGCCGACGACGCCGCGUGGGAAGUCGACGACGAAGACGACGCCAGUGACAUCGAAGGUGAGUGGGUCACGGUGGAACUGGAUAAGGAGUAUGACGUCAGCGACAGCGACGACGACGACGAUGACAAGCCUGAAGGUGACAACGACAAUGACGAAAACCUGGACUUGGACUUGAGUGACGACGAAGACGAUAAUGACGACGACACCAACGACGCCGACGGGGACGCUAAGCCCACCAAGAAACGCCGGUUGACUAAGGAGGAAGCUCGCGAGGCCCGGAGAGCCCGUAUCGCCGAGAGAAAGCGUCGUCGUCUCAACCCUGACGCCGAUAAGGAAGCGGAGCCGGUGGCGCCGAAGCAAAAGCUGGAAGAAGAGCUUGCUCGUGAACGGGAAGCGGAAAAGGCGAUGACGGAGCUUCUCUCGCUGCGAGUAUUGACCCCCGCCGAUUUCGCCAAAUUGCAAGAGUUACGCACCGAGGCCGGGGUCGAGAAGAUCAUGGGGCUCAAGAACGAGGACCUGGUCGACCUGGACGGGCUCGUGGGCCCGGUGAAGUACAAGCAGUUGCGGGAAGAGAAGAUCGCCCAGGCGAAGGAAGGGCGGGAAGGGCGCGAGUUUGGCUCGCGCAAGGGCAAGCGGGACGCCCCCCACCUGACGACGAACAAGGAGAAGCAGAGACAGAAGAACUUCGUGAUGAUGAUCCACAAGAAGGCGGUGAAGGGGAAGCAGAAGAUGUCGUUGCGCGACCGCCAGAAGUUGUUGCGGGCCCACAUCGACAAGCAGAAGAAGAAGGGCCACUAG